ACAGCCCAGAGAGGAGAGGAGGUGUCACUGUGCAGCUGUGGCACCAUCAUGUCUGACAUGACAGCUUCCUGUCAGGAGUUUGAGGUGACCGUCCACACUUCACCUGGUCCCACCUGUGGAACCUACAGCCGCCUGUGGCUCAACCUGAUUGGCUCGCAGGGAGAGACUCCGCCCACCAGCGUGAAUGAGGGCGACCGUCAUCUCCUGCCGGGAUCGGUGUGUCCGGUCCAGAUCCGGACCAAUGAGCCUCUGGGUCGCCUGAUUCUGGUCCGGCUCCGGCUGGAGGCUCAGACAGGCCUCCCAGACCUGGACUGGCACUGCAGUCGCGUGGAGGUCCGCAGGCUGGCAGGAGGAGAGGGGUCAGAACCUGCAGAUCCAGAGCCACAGGUGUUCCUGUGCGACAGGUGGCUUCGGACAGCAGAUGGCGACGUAGAGCUGCGGAGUGGAAAGUUGUGUUUGCUGAAGGACGAGACGGAGGAGAAGCUGAAGCAGCAGAGACUCAGACACCUGCAGCAUCAACAGAAGAUCAUCAGGUGGCGAAUGUACGUAGAUGGCGCUCCGCAGUGUCUGGACAUCAACAGUCUGUCUGAACUCGGGCCGAACCUCAUCUACACCCACAAAAGCUCAGCCCCGAACCUGCUCUACCUGAAGGGCUUCGCCGGUCGAGCGGAGGCCUGGUCGAGUUUCACAGAGCUGGAGACGGUCUUCUCCCACAGCGGACAACACAACGACACCGCCCGGUUCGUCAGGACUCACUGGAUGGACGACUGGUAUUUUGGUUACCAGUGUGUGAACGGCCACAACCCUCUGCUGCUGCGUCAGCUCCGCCUCCUCCCUCCACACCUGUCCGUCACGCCUGACAUGCUUCGCCCCUUCCUGCCUGAAGACUCCUCCCUCAAUCAGGAGCUACAGAAAGGAACCAUUUACCUGCUGGACUACGAGGUUCUGGACGGCGUCCCGGCCAACGUGAUCAACGGGAAGCAGACGUACCUGUGCGCCCCUCUGUGCCUGCUCCACCUGAACCGGCAGCAACAGCUGGUCCCCAUCGCCAUCCAGCUGCAGCAGACGCCCGGCCCUCUGAACCCGGUCUUCCUGCCCUCUGACCCCAGCUGUGAUUGGCUGCUGGCUAAGAUCUGGGUUCACAGCUCGGACUUCCAGUGUCACCAGUUGGCCUCCCACUACCUGAAGACCCACAUGCUGGGGGAGCUGUGUUGCAUGGCAACACUGAGACAGCUGCCUGACGUCCACCCACUGCACCAGCUGCUGAUGCCACACGUCAGGACGUCGCUCCAGAUAAACUGCCAGGCGCGAGCGUCGCUGCUGGCUGCUGGCGGCGUGUUUGAUAAGGCGGUCGGCUGUGGUCUGAAGGCGUUACCUGUCUUCCUGUCCCGCGCCUCACAGAGGAUCCAGUAUCGGUCCCUGUGUGUCCCCGACGAUCUGUCCGACCGCGGCGUCCGCGAGCUGCCGCAGAGUCACUACGCCACGGACGCUCUGAGAGUCUGGGACGCACUGCACAGGUUCGUGGUCCGCUGGGUGGAUCUGUAUUACAGUGCAGACAGUGAGGUGCAGCAGGACUCUGAGCUCCAUCACUGGAUCACUGACAUCAACACACACGGCUUCACACACAACUCAGGUUUCCCUCAGGUUUUUCGGACCAAAGCAGAAGUGUCUCAGUUCGUCACCAUGAUCGUCUUCACCUGUUCGGCUCUACACGCCGCCUUAAACUUCUCCCAGCUGGACUUCGCUCUCUGGACGCCGAACUGUCCGACCUCCAUGUUGCGUCCUCCCCCGCAGGUCAAAGGCUUGGCGACGGAAGAUGACAUCAUCUCCUCUCUGCCCGACGUGAACUCCAGCUGUCGCGUCCUGCUGGCGUUGGCUCAGCUGUCACAACCCUCUGCUAACUUUGUUCCUCUGUGUCACUACAAGGAGGCCAUCUUCAGAGACGGCGCCCACUGCAGGCUGGUGGAGGAAGUGCAGGCUGAACUCAGGAGCAUCUCUGAAGACAUCUCAGAGAGAAACAGCCGUCUGGAGCUGCCGUAUCCUUACCUGUGUCCCGGACGCAUCGAGAACAGCGUGGCCAUUUAAACUAACAUUUGUCCAACACCGUUUAUUUUUGAUUGAUUAUUUUUAAUGUGAUUAUUUUCUGAAAGAAGUCUGAAGUUUUUACAGCAUGUUCUUUUAACUAUGAUAAAGAUAAUGUAAUGAAUGAAUCGCUCUCAUAUUGUAAACGCUGCGACACAAACAGACCUGCUUCUGUUUAAUCCUCAGAAACUGGAACCAAAGAAGUUUCUGACAUUUUAAAAACAAAAACAAAAGUUAUAUUUGUGUUUUUCACUGAUUGAUGGAAAAAUUACUGCAGAUUCAUUUUCUGUCAAUCUAUCAAUCAGUUCAUUGACUGUGAUCGGUAUUUCUGUAAAUUGAUUUCUGUGGAAAUUAGACAUUAAUUAAGAAAAAGACAUCAGACAUUUGACUUGCUUUUGAAAUGAUGUCAUGAUUUGUCGUACUGACGCCGUCACAUGCCGCUGACGUCGUCUGUAGAGGUUUGGGCUAAUUCCAUAUUUUUUUAUUGUUAAAUUAAAAAAAAGAAAAAGAAACAAACAUUAAAAUCAAUCUUUCUUCAAAUAUUAACGUUACUUUUUAUUUCUUCAACUCAAAAAAUAAGUUUCAUUUGUUCAUGCAUUGUAUUUAGUUUGUUGUGGGUUUCUUCAAAACCUGAAGGCACAACUGUCUAAAAUAAAACCAAUAAUAAUAAUAUCAUUAAUAAUAAUAAUAAUAAUAAUACAGCAGUGGCACUGAAAUGACAGUAAAAUGACAAAAAUAUAAUAUUCUCCAAGAAUUUAAAAUCACGUUUUUAAAACCAAAAUAAAAGUCUACAGCCGUGCUAGCAGCUCUGAGACACAGUGUGCUUUGAGCUAAAUGCUAACACCAUGCUAACAUCCUGAUGUUUAGCAGGUUUAAUGUUCACCCUUUUAGCUCGGCAUGUUAGCAUGUGCUAAUUAACACUAAACAGUAAACAAAGCGGAGCUGAGGCUGAUGGGAACGUCUUCAGUUCUGAACCAAAGUGUUGGACAAAGUAAAACCUGAUGGUGGCGCUAGAGGAGAAGUUCAACGUCUGAACCAAAGUUCAUCACAAUCAUCCAGCAGAUGUUCAAACGUUUCACUAACAACCACCAACGCGAACCUCAUGGUGGCGCUACGUGAGAAGUCACGGCGUCACCAAAGCCGGUGGGUUCAUCCUCUGGGAGCCGUGACGGUCUGAAGCUCUGGACCAGAGAAACGACCACGACUCAAUACUGAAGAAACAGGUUCAGACUGAGAUGAGGGGAAGCUGUGAUCACCUGUUACAUUAUAUUAUAUUUACAUUAUAUGUCACAUUUCAGUGAAGUGUUGAAACCUGCUGAACAGUCUGACAAUAACACUGAAAUAAAUUCAAACAAACUUCUA